GCCCCAGGGUGCAAUGUGGUCGGCCCCUGCAGCAGGGAUUGGCGUGAGAGACGAAGAGACGAAGGUUCUAUUUGACCCUCGUAGCCCCGAGGAGGUCCUGGCUGAUGAACUUCCUGCUUCUAACGGGCCAGAAGCCACAGAGAAGACUGCUAUCAGGUUGAGAUGUCUGCUGAAACAACUGGAGAGAGGAGAGGUGUCUCUGGUGGACCUCAAGAAGAACCUGGAGUAUGCUGCCACUGUUCUGGAGUCAGUUUAUAUAGAGAAGACCAGGAGAUUGGUGGAUACAGAGGAAGAGCUCAGCGAUAUCCAAUCAGAGUAUGUGCCUUCAGAGGUGCGUGAUUGGUUGGCCUCUACAUUCACCCGUCAGAUGGGUUUGAUGCUGCCCCAGACCGAGGAGAAACCACGCUUCAGGAGCAUCGUACACGCUGUGCAGGCUGGUAUCUUCGUAGAGAGGAUGUACAGACGUACCUCUAGCAUGGUGGGAGUGAGCUCUCCUGCUACAGUUGUAGCAGUACUGAAGCACGUUGAUAAGUGGUCGUUUGAUGUGUUUGCUCUGAACGAGGCCAGUGGAGACCACGCCCUCAAGUUCAUCUUCUUUGAACUACUGACCAGAUACGACCUCAUCAGCAGAUUCAAGAUCCCGGUCUCAGCGGUGUUCUCGUUCGUAGAAGCUCUGGAGGUGGGCUACGGUAAACACAACAACCCCUACCAUAACCUGAUGCAUGCUGCAGACGUCACACAGACAAUACACUACCUACUGCUGAAGACUGGCAUCGUGCAUUGGUUGACAGAGCUAGAGAUCUUUGCGAUGAUCUUUGCAGCAGCAGUUCACGACUACGAACACACUGGAACCACCAACAAUUUCCACAUCCAGACCAGAUCAGACACAGCGAUCCUGUACAACGACCAGUCUGUCCUCGAGAGCCACCAUGUCAGCGCAGCAUACCGCCUCCUACAGGACGAUGAUGAGAUCAACAUACUAUACAACCUGUCUAAAGACGACUGGAGAGAGCUGAGGGGCCUGGUGGUACAGAUGGUUCUGGCUACAGACAUGUCCUGCCACUUCCAGCAGCUGAAACAUAUGAAGAACUUUCUCCAGCAACCGGAGGGGAUUGAUAAACCCAAAGCCAUGUCUUUGCUGCUCCAUACAGCUGAUAUCAGCCACCCAGCUAAGACAUGGGACCUGCACCACCGCUGGACAGCAUCCCUUCUGGAGGAGUUCUUCAGACAGGUAACCUCUGACCUCUGACCUCUAACCCUAUACCACCGCUGGACAGUAUCCCUUC